UAAAAAACCAUAAAGCCCUGAGGGAAUGACAGUGGAAUCACGUUCUAAAUAUAUAAAUACGAUAUAUAGAUCAGGGAACCUACGAAAGAACUCAUUGAUUUUCCCAAUCUAAAAAGCAAACGCCCAAUGCGAAACUACAGCCCAAGAAGCUGCCCCAGUGAAUGAGUCUGGUCUGGGUAAUUUUAUGCAUUUCCAUUCCGACCCGAGGGAAUAUAAAAGCUCACUGGCAGGUGGGAAAUCUAAACAGAACGCUACAGAAAAUGCAAUCGAUUAUUAUAGUUUAUUUCAUUUUGAUCAGCAUCUUACUUUGGUUGAAGUUAAGUGGGAGUCUUGAGAGUAUCAGUGGCCUGGAAACGACUACAAGUACAGCUAGGGUACCAUCACAGGAUACUCCAUCAGAGAUCAACCACCCCAAAUCACCAGCCACAAGAGUCUCAAAGCUAUUGACUGUCCUGAAAGGAUCUCCAGCUAGGGAUAACCUCAUUCCACCAACUACUACACCCGCCUUCAACGCCGAGGAUACAACCUUCGACUGCUAUUCCCUUUACGGAGAUGAUUGUUUCCUUGUGCCAGACUUUAUCGGACCAAGACUCAGUGCAAAGCUGUUGAAAAUUCUCUCGUAGCCUUCCAGAUUCCCCAAUAUGUUCCAUCAUUUGAAUGUUAUUUCCCCAAAUAUACUCAGAAUUAUUCAACAAACGUCAA